CUAGAAUUAAGGGAAUGCAAGCUCAGUCUAGAAAACUAGUAAAAGCAUCCCUAACGUACAAAUAUUAAUGUUGUUGUCGUCGUCAUCGUUUUGAGCGUGUAGGUUCCGCUAAGCUGUAUUCUAGACUCACAACAAUGGAUGCGCAAUCGGAUGGCGGGAACGAUGAGAUGACGGCGGUGAAGGAGUUGAGGCAACAACUAGAAUCCCGUGCGGCGAACGUGCACAACGUUCAGCUGGACCUUAUCGCCUCCCUGCAAAACAUCGUCCCUGACAUUGUCUCAUCCCUUGACCUCUCCCUCAAGGCAAUCUCCUGCUUCAGCGGCCGCCCUUUCGUUCCCCUUCCCGAAACUCUCUCUUCUAACCCUAACCCUAACCCUAAUGUUCGCUGUCCCAAAUUUCCCUCCUCGGAUCCCACCAAAUUCAAUUCUGCUAACACUACUAUCGCACUGGGAAAGCGCUCUCCGGCGCUUUCCAGACCGGAGAAUGUGAAAGCGGUCAUUGAUGAGAGCGGGGGGGCUUUGUCUGUGGUUAGGGCAAUGGUCGCUGUAUGUUUGCUGGAGAGAGUUCCAUUUGAGGCCAUAGAUUCGUCAACUGUGAAUAGGAAGCUGGAGAAUGAUCAGUCCAUAACCGCUGCAGAGAGGGAAGCUCUCAGGGAGCUCGGAGGGGAGUCUGGAGGUAUACUGGCAGUGGAGAUGGCAUUGAAGUCAAUGGCAGAAGACAAUGGUGGGGUUGAGAUGGAGGAAUGCGUGUUUAGUGGAAAAUCUAGAGUGAUGGUUAUGAAUAUAGACAGGACCCGUCUUUUGAAAGAAUUGCCCGAGAGUAAGCAGUUAUAUAAGCAGAGUGAAGUUGGAAAUCGGAAUAAUCAGGACCUGUUAAAAGCUGGUGGUGAUGCUAAUAAUGGAGGUUUUUUUGGAAUGGCGAGGCAGGUGCCUGAGAUGUGGGUAGGCAUGCAGGCUGAACACCCACCGCCCCAUAUGUCCGGACUGCCCCCUAUGUUUCCCGGGAAUAAUAUGGGUCUGAGAGGUGGUCCAAGGGGGAUGGUUGGGAUAAUGGGUGGGAUGCCGAGGGGAAUUGGGAUGCUACCUCCAAUGCCAAGGCCCCCAAAUGGAGGGGCAAAUCUGAACCCUAGGACUGAUGAAGAUGAUAAUAAAGAUCUUGAGGCUUUGUUGAAUAAGAAGAGUUUUUUGGAAACCCAAAAAUCAAAAACUGGAGAGGAGCUAGCGAACCUUAUUCGGCGUGCUACAGCCAAGGAGACUGCUAUUGCUGAAAGGUUCAAAAGCAAAGGUGGGUCCCAAGUAAAGGAAUACUGCUCAGCACUUACAAAAGAAGAUUGUCGACGAAAAUCUAAUUCUUUCAUUGCUUGUGUGAAGGUUCAUUUCCGGCGCAUUAUUGCUGCACAUACAGAUGUUAAUUUGGGUGAUUGCUCUUUUCUCGACACUUGUCGUCAUAUGAAGACUUGCAAGUAUGUACAUUAUGAACUUGACUCAACACCAGAUAUGUCACAUCAUAUGAUGGGACCAGGUCCCUUACCUCCCCCCAAGCCUUCGCAACAGCGUGCUCACUAUUGCUCAGAAGUGGAGCUUGGCGAACCACAAUGGAUAAACUGUGACAUUCGCUCAUUCAGAAUGGACAUUUUAGGACAGUUUGGGAUCAUUAUGGCAGAUCCUCCUUGGGAUAUUCACAUGGAAUUACCUUACGGAACAAUGGCUGAUGAUGAAAUGCGUACCCUUAAUGUCCCUGCACUCCAGACUGAUGGGUUAAUAUUCCUUUGGGUAACUGGAAGAGCUAUGGAGCUUGGACGUGAAUGUUUAGAGCUUUGGGGGUACAAACGCGUUGAGGAGAUCAUUUGGGUAAAAACCAAUCAACUUCAGCGAAUAAUCCGAACCGGUAGAACGGGUCAUUGGCUAAACCAUAGUAAAGAACAUUGUCUGGUGGGCAUUAAGGGAAAUCCAGAGGUCAAUAGAAAUAUUGACACUGAUGUCAUUGUUGCUGAGGUUCGCGAAACGAGUCGGAAGCCAGAUGAGAUGUAUGCCAUGCUAGAGAGGAUAAGUCCAAGGACUAGAAAGCUAGAGCUGUUUGCACGAAUGCAUAAUGUUCAUGCCGGAUGGAUGUCACUUGGGAAUCAAUUACAAGGGGUGCGGUUAGUUGACGAAGGGCUUAGAGCACGGUUCAAGGCUGCUUACCCAGAAGUGGAGGUGCAGCCCCAAUCGCCUCCCAGGCCAACUGCGAUGGAUGUGGAUCCCAGCUCUGUUCAAGUGAGGAAUACAGAAUCUACUUAAGCCAACAAUACAAGCAUUACCAGAGACAAAAGCAUUCCAGAUGAUUUUUUCUCUAGAUGAAAUUUUUACUAUCUUUUUCUUGUGCAUUUCAGUGAUGUAUAUCUGCAAAGCUGGCUUGGCAAAAAAAAACUUGAGAUUGAACAAAGAAUUCCUUCCAUUAAUAUGUUGUCAAAGUGUAGAUGUUUCUGAAAUGAUUAUUCGCAAUUUUGUUGAUAUUUGGAGGGGAAAACGUGAUCCUUUCCUA